CCUCUCUAACGCUUGCUCUCAUUCCUGGAUCAUCUAAAUUGCUGUGGGAUCAUCGGAAAAAGGAAGUCGCCAAGAAUAGAAUACGGUAAUGACCGGUCACAGAGCAUCCCAAACAGCGCGACCGCAGCGUCAAACUUCCACCACGAGAAGACAAGGAAAAGCACCCUGAAGAUCCGGCUGAAAGCGAGAAUCUGAAGCUGGGGACAGGGGGACCGCAUGAGACCGCCGCCAAUUCCCGCCAUUGAAAUCCCCAAUGACCUCAACCGUUAUGGCUGUCCGGUCUUCGCUGCGCGUUUCUGUGCGACAAGAACAACCCAACGACGAACACAAUCGACCGUCUCCAUCGAAGCGCCCUCGCCUGAAUACUCCUUCUCGUCGACGCAAGAGCUCCCCCGAUCUCCUCGACACGACCUCCGUUGAUAGUCCAUCCAAGACCACUCCCAAGAAUGAUGUCGCCCACAUCCGGUGCGCCCCCUCUUCACUUCCGCGCCGCUCCUCUGCGCGCCGACCGCUUCUCUCACCCUCCUCUCAGCAUCACCCGACUUCCGACACCCCACACGCGACACAUCUCCGACUUCACCGCAAUGAGACCCCCGCCACCGCCCCUGCGACCUUCCUUUCGCGUGAAUCUCCUGAUCCCUUAGAUACAAUCUCUCCCACGAUCACGGACGGUAAACAUCGUACUGUGAAAACCCCCUCCACCCCUUCAACUCGCCGACGCCGUGUUACCGAUACCGAAACGCCUCUUCCGGAGUCAACCACACAAAGUCGAGCCCAGGGGGCCUCCCAGCCCGCGGAGUCACUCAGCGACAGCAUUGCGACUCCGUUGCAACCCCCUGCACCAGCGCAGACCACCCCCGCCGUACGGGAGCGUCGGUCGCUUCGCUCUCACGAUGGGGGUUCCAGAGCGAGAAGCGAGCUAGCCCUGUAUUUCCCCAACUACGAACAAUUGCUAAGCUUAGAGCCGCCGAAGGCCGAGUUCCUCGCCGCCCAUACUGCCAUACAAUUGAUCGAUGAUCGUCCUAAAUCUAUUUUCUCAUCAGAUCUCACCGUACCCGACACAGACACCCCGUUCGGAAAUCCACUACUCCAGCUACACAACUGCGAGUCGAUCACUCUCCCAGAGCCACAACCAGGCGAUACGCCUGGAGAGGACCCGUUGAAUGAAGGUGCAUUUUUCAAGGCCCACCGUCGAAACGAACGGCAAGAGAAGCAGCUACGGAACAUUGAGCGCGAACGAGCCCAACAUGAGAAACAGCAGCUGGAUCGUCUACUGGACGAGCUACAGGGCCACGACUGGCUGCGCGUUAUGGGAAUCACUGGUUUAUUAACCGACCAGGAGAAGAAACAAUACGAACCGAAGCGAGACUACUUCAUUAAGGAAAUCUCCGCAUUAAUCCAGAAAUUCAAAAUCUGGAAAGAAGAAGAGAAGCGACGUAAGGUUGAAAAGGAGAAGGCUGCCGCUGUCGCGGCGACCACAGAAGCCGAGGAAACCACUACAUCACAACAACAACUCACGGAACGUCAGUCCCCUGCCAUUCCGGACUCCGAAGCGGAGGACUCCCCCAGUGCCGCGCUAUCAGAUGUCCCAAGCUACAGCGAGCCCCCGGACAUCAACGAUGUGGACGCCUGGGCUGCACGUCAAUUACUUCAGGAGGCCCGCUCCGCAACGGCAGGGAAGAAACCUAAGUCAGCGGCACUAGAGGGCCGGAAGAAGUCUAAGCCUAUUGAACCUGAACUGUUGCAACACCCACCUCCUCCCCCGGACGAUAAGAAGCCGUUUACCUCGUUCUACGCCAAGCGCCAUCUGCGAGAUACGGCGCUGUCGGCGCAUAGGAAAGGCCGGAUCCGUUUCGCCUUCGGCUAUCCGGUUCCUGAGAUGGAGGAGAAGGAGUUCGACUUACCGCUAGAGAUACUGACGCCUGAGGCGAUCGACUCCUGUCGACGGAAACGGAGGCGCAUGAAGCGGGCUAGUCGGGGUUCGGAAUAGAGUGUUGAUUGAUGUAUUAUCAGAGAUUAAUUGCAUUCGAGAGUUUGCAUCGUUA